AUGUCCGGCGACUCCGCGUCGCCUCCCGCGUCGGCUCCCGGAUCGGCUCCUUCCCUAUUGUCCCUCACACAUUCUAAUACCACACGCUUCACGCAAAUACCACCCCAAUGCGACGCUACCACACAUUCCCCUCAAGACGGGCCCGGCACCCCACCACCACCGCGACUAGCGCGACUUCUCGCGCGGGGUGCUGCCAUUGGAGCCGUGGCCCUCGUUUUGCUCGUCGGCAUCCUUGCCACGUGUCAUGCUGUGGGAAGCGAGUCCCACCGCUACUACCCGGCGCGCUCGCCCGUGUCGCCGAGCUUUUCGCGUAGGUCGCUGGCAGCAGGAGGAGGCGGUGCCGCGUCUGGUUCGGGCGGGAAGUUAACUCCGGGAUUUGUGGCGAAUAUCACGGCGGGAGUGAAGGUGGUGAUUGCGAGGGUGUACGCGAUAAAGAAGGGCCGCGCUAAAACGAAGAUGACGGAUUCCUGCGCCAACGACUGCGUUUCUCUGAUGGCCACCGCAUUGGAUCAACUAGCCCACGUGUCAACGGCGCUCAAGACACACAGCGGCACGAGUGACGUGCCAUACUCACUGACAGCGGCACAGGACCAGGUGACCACGUGCCUGGACGGCUUUCGCGAGUUCUCCCCGUCAACGCUCACCACGCCAGCAGGGAAAUCGCUGCAGGCACAAGGAAGACAAGUCAAGAAAUCUCUGGACAGGGCAAUCAAAUUGUCGCUUCACCCUGCAUGA